GUGGACCCAUAUGACCCUCCAAUGCUGAGCGCAGGGAGUUCAAGUUCUGCCCAGAUUGCAACAAUGGCGGUCUUCCUUCAACUUCUUCAAGUUCAUUCUCAAGAUGCAACUGUGGAGAUACCUGUAGUAGGCAGCAGCAUUCAAACCAUCACUAUCAGCAGAAUCUCGUUUUCUAGAACACCAUUUGCGUUGCAUUAGAGACGGCAUCUGGGGCGUAUUUGAACAGACGUUCGAAAAGCGGCAACGAAGUGCUUAGAUCCGCACUGCAGAUCUCUACCGGUUCUUGAUAGAUUAGCUCACGGUCUUGAGUCUUUGAAAAGUCGCAGAUUCAAAGAUGGUGUCGACAAUAGAGCCGAGCUCCCAAAAUGGGCACGGUCCAGAGUCACAAAACCGGGCCGAGGUGCCAGCAGUAGAGAUCAACAACCUGCAUUUCACAUACCCGGGUCUAGAUGGACAGCCCCCUCCCGGAAUGCCCCCUCUGAUCCAGGAUUUCAGCAUGACGCUCCAAGCCGGCAGCCGGUGUCUGCUGAUCGGAGCGAACGGGGCUGGCAAGACGACGCUUCUCAAAAUCCUCGGCGGAAAGCACAUGGUAGACCCUUCGAUGGUGCGGGUGUUGGGACGCUCAGCAUUCCAUGACACAACUCUGGAGUCAAGCGGGGAGCUUUCUUACUUGGGAGGAGAGUGGAGGAGGGACGUCGCUUUCGCGGGCUUUGAUGUGCCAAUUCAAAUGGACGUCAGUGCACGGAAGAUGAUUUUUGGGGUACAGGCAGACCCUGCAAGGCGGGAUCGAUUGAUCAAGGUUCUGGACAUCGACCUGGAUUGGAGGUUACACACAGUGUCGGACGGGCAGCGGCGGAGGGUCCAGAUCUGCAUGGGUCUGCUCAAGCCGUUCAAGGUGUUGCUACUGGACGAGAUCACGGUGGAUUUGGACGUCCUGGCGAGGGCGGACCUGCUGACGUUCCUGGUGUCCGAAUGCGCGGAGCGGGGGGCGACCAUCAUUUACGCCACGCACAUAUUCGACGGCCUCGACAAGUGGGCCACGCACAUCUCGUACGUCGCCCAGGGGACCCUCCAGCUGUUUGAACCGGCGGAAGCCAUCCCCGAGCUGAAAGAGAUGUCGCUUAUGCGGACGGUCGAGAAGUGGUUGCGCGCGGACCAGGCGCUUGUGAAGGCCGCCCGGAAGCGUCAAAAGGAGGAGGCCGACAAGCGGCCGGCCGCGAUGCUUAUGAACAACGGCUGGGCGGGGGGGCGGCUCACGAGCACUGUGGCGCUGCCCCAUAGCAGCAACCGGGUGCUGCGAUAGCUUAAAGGUUGGCAGCACGGUAUUGAAGGUGACAAGGUGAUUUGUUGGUGGAUAGUGAAGGGUGACACCGCCGCAAAUUGAUAGCUCGAGUCGAAGACAAGAAAGGGAAAGGGGCUGCUAAGCAGGAAUUUUACUUGAAAAGAAGGCCCGUUCAUGGGAAUUGUCAGGGGGAAGUUUUAGGGUAAAGACUGAACCGGCGAACGAUAAAAAUCCAGUAAGUCGAAAAUCCAGUAGGUCGCUCACGCCGUACAAUCCUUGUACAGCGUCAAGGCCGGACACAGUCGCUGGUUCGGCGGGGGUAGCAUCCGACGGCUGCUGAGGUUUGCAAAAGUUGUUCUUUAAGCCUUGGUCCCUCGCAGUCGGAUCGGAUUCAACUCACAAAAGUGUAGCCAUAUCGAAAGGUACCUAACUCAUUAAUCAGGUAAUAGCAUGACGCCUCGAAAAAAAGUUUCUCCAGAACCACUUUUUCAAUCGAGUUGAGACCAGGCUUCAUAACAUUGUCCCGGGCUCGACUCAGAAUCCUACUUGCAAUGGAG